CCGUUUUACACGGAAAAAAAUGCAAGAAUAGGAUUAGGCCGAAUAGCGUGUUUACAAACUCCUUUCCUGUUUAAAAAAUCACAGCAUAAACAAAACAUGGCUAGCAAAACGUCAACGUCAAACUCGGGCGCUCGGCCGCUGGCGGCGGUCACGGAAACUUUGUUUUGAAUUAAAAUGUUCAAAUUACCGUUAAGAAAAUUGUAUUUUCUAGUGAAGCUAUGUUUUCUAUUCGUGAUAGUUUUAGUUACUUUGAGUUUAUUCGAAUACUGGCGCGGAGGAAGACGCGCUACGCGAGCGGUUAUACUGGACCCCGGCGAAGAUCUUUACGAGAGGCAGAUCCUCGAGGAUGAGGCUCGGAUAAUCCCUGGCUUGGGCGAGGGCGGCAAGCCUGCGUACCUCACCGGCGAGGACAAGCGGUUAGGAGAAGAAACGGAGAAGAAAUACGCCGUUAACACUUACUUGAGCGAUCGCAUCGCCUACAACAGAACUUUAAAAGAUUUCCGUAAUCCAGCGUGCGAGCGCAUCACGUACGACGCGGAACUGCCUUCCGCUUCUGUCAUCAUCAUCUUCCACAACGAGCCAUAUUCUGUCGUCAUUAGAACGAUAUGGAGCGUCCUGAACACGGCGCGGCGCGACCAGCCGUGGCAUCGCCGCGCCAACUACCUCGAGCGCGGCACGGGGCGCAUCAUGAAACUCGGCUACCCCGGUCAACCCGAGGACUCGGAGCACGUGUACCUGAAGGAGAUCAUCCUCGUGGACGACAACUCCACCCUGCCCGAGCUGCGCGGCAAGCUGGCGCGCUACAUCAGCACCAGGCUCCCCCCCGACAUGGUGCGCGUGCUGCGCCUCCCUGACAGGAUAGGGCUGACUCGCGCCCGGCUGGCCGGCGCCCGCUACGCCGGCGGCGACGUCCUGAUCUUCCUCGACUCGCACUGCGAGGGCGUCGCCGACUGGAUGCGGCCCAUGCUGCAGCGGAUCAAGGACGCGCCGACGGCCGUCGUCAUGCCCAUUAUAGACGUGAUCGGCCACAAGGACUUCCUCUAUAGCGUGCAGGACCCCGCCAUAUUUCAGGUCGGCGGGUUCACGUUCGUGGGGCACUUCACGUGGAUCGAGGUUCCGGAGCGGGAGAAGAAACGUCGCGGGUCCGACAUCGCCCCGACAUGGUCCCCGACCAUGGCGGGCGGUCUGUUCGCGAUCCGGCGCGAGUACUACUGGGAGCUCGGAGCGUACGACGAGCAGAUGGCCGGCUGGGGGGGGGAGAACCUCGAGAUGAGCUUCCGCAUCUGGCAGUGUGGCGGCACCUUAGAAACGAUCCCUUGCUCCCGUGUCGGUCACGUAUUCCGUGCCUUCCACCCUUACGGUCUGCCGGCCAACAGCGACACGCACGGAAUCAAUACAGCGCGUAUGGCCGAAGUGUGGAUGGAUGACUACGCAGAACUGUUCUACCUGCACCGGCCUGAUCUACGAAAAAGCCCAAAAAUCGGGGACGUCACCCAUCGCAAGAUCCUUCGAGAGAAACUCCACUGCAAGAGCUUCCAAUGGUACCUCGACAACGUUUACCAGGAGAAGUACGUGCCCGUGCGUGACUCGCAGGCAUUCGGCAGAGUUUCUAACGCGGCAACGAACCUAUGCCUCGACUCAAUGCAGCGCGAGGGAGAGGCGACGCCGCUCGGCUUCUAUCCUUGUCACCCAAAGCUGAUCGACACGCAGUUCCUGUCUCUGUCACUCGCGGGGCAGCUGAGAGACGAAGAGAGAUGCGCUGAAAUACAGUUCAUGAGGGACGCGCACCUCUCGGGGGAGGACGAGAGCGCCGCGCGGGUCGUCGUCAUGGUCGGCUGCCGGGACAAACCUGCUCAUAACAAAAUGCGAUGGCGGCACAUAGCCGCCACGGGGCAGCUACAGCACGUGGACAGCGGGCUGUGCGUGGACGCGCGCGGCGCCCGCGCCGGCGACGACGCGCGCGCGCGCCCGUGCGUCUCGGACGACGCGCCCUCGCAGAGGUGGGCGUUCGAUUAUGAUGGAGAGGAUUCACGUCCUGGAGUACUGCCUGCAGAGUUAGAGCAGCAUCUUAGCAAAAUAAAAAAGGCACAUAGCAGCCGCAAGUCUCGCUCGCUCCUGGCCGAGUCGGCGGAGGAGGGGGAGGCGUCCCCCCCUCCCGCGCCGCGCGUCAAGCGUCGCCGCCGCACCAAGAGGAAACAGAAGCGGAGCCACAAGAACAAGUUCAUCGUGAGGGUGGAGCGCACCCUGAGGAACAGCAGCGUGGAACAUCUGGAGAUGGACAUACACUGCAAGCACCGCAGGCUGUACCCCAACAACAGCUUCGUCAGGGACCUGGUCACCAUCCUCAAUGAUAAGGAUAUACGGGUGAUAAACAACGGGCGCGUGUUCGAGAAGAACAAGGUCACUGACCUCAAGGGCCACCCGCACCACAAGGAACGCGCCCUGACCUCGACAGAGCCCGACAAAGGAUCGCCGGAAGCCAUCACCGGAAAGCCGUUGACGAGCCAGCCCCCCGCGCCGCUGAGCACGCUCCACUCGGACCUGGACGACGACGUCGGUGUGCCCACUACAGAGUUCACCAAGCCAAAGAAGCGGCACCACAAGAAACACUUCGAGAAGCGCGCGGAGGAGCGCCCCGAACACUCGCUGCUGCUCGGCGACGACACCGGAGACCAAGUGGCUAUCGGCGGCUUAAACCACACCGAAGCGAAGCUGCGGGCCGCCGGGCGCUCCGGCGCUGAAUCCCAGGAGGAGCCAGACUCGCACGGACAGACGCACCGCCCGUGGCCUUCGAGCGAGCAAGAGUUUUACGUUAACAGCACGUCCCCCGACAGCGUCGAGAUCCAUCUCACACACACGGACAAAGCGAGGGACAAGGACAAGCGGGAAGACAGAGACGAUAGGGACACGGACAACAGGGACAGCACACACAAGGACAAUAACAAGGCGCGCUCGGAGGCCAUCGCGCGGCACGCGGCCGUGUACGAGUUCAAGAAGGUCACCGAGGAGCGGAGGCGCAAGGAGCGGCGCGGGGGGAAGACCAGGGCACAGAUGCUGAGCGAGAAACAAGGCAAAGCGUUGGAAGAGAACCACUCGUGGCCCCCCUCGCGCCACUCCUCAGACCACCACGCCGCGGACGCCGACCGUGACUCGGUGGAGAAGGACCCGUGGGAACCGUGGGGGCCGCGCGAGGAUGACACCGGACAUGUAAUUGAUGCGGCCUCGCCUGAUGUGGUGGUGGACACCAGGAAGCACCUCUCGAACGAUCCCCACGACGCAGUGGACAAACUGGUCUUCAACGACGUGUGGGAGGAUAACCGGCCCAGGGACCCGCGCGUCACCGAGCUGACGAGGCAGGUUAUGAUGGACUACGACGAGCCCUCGCAACAGCCGACUCCAUCGCCGCCGGGGCGUGGGCGGGGGCCGGACGGCGCCGUCUUGCACGGCCGCGACGCGCCCGACACGAGAGACCCCGACACGCGCGGCCGCGACGUGCCCGACACGAGAGGCCCCGACACGCGCGGCCGCGACGUGCCCGACACGAGAGGCCCCGACACGCGCGGCCGCGACGUGCCCGACACGAGAGGCCCCGACACGCGCGGCCGCGAUGUGCCCGACACGAGAGGCCCCGACGCGCCCGACGCCGGCAGGGGCAAGCCGCUGCGGCUGCGCGUCAAGAGCAACAUGACCUUCAAUCUGGGGGAUGAGCUGCUCAGCUGGCGGCGGAUGAAGAUGGCCGGAGCAGAGUCGGAGUCGGAAAGCGCGUCCGACGACGAGACCGGCUCACGGUCACUAUAGCGAGCGCCGAACACACCUACAGUCGUCCACCUCUAGCAGCAUGGCAGAUGUGAACCCUUUCAUCGCGUUUUUCAUCACAUUUCCUGCGUUAUCUCAGUGACUGUGUCUCGAAUAUUUUGUUUUAAUUGCUGAAGGUUCAUUGGCCUGUUAGCAUAGACAUGUCCCUUUAGAUAGCCCCACAGAAAAAAAGUCAGGAGCUGUUAGAUCAGGCGAUCUUGGGGGCCGUUUCUCGAAAUGAAUUGACCGGGAAACGUUCUUUUUAAUGUUUCUAAGAACAUAAUUAAAACACGUUGUUCAGUCGUAGAACGCUCCAUAACAAAUUUGCCGUAUCUACACAAAGUAAUUUUCAUGCAACAACUGUCAUAUUUGCCGCUAAAACAAAAUGGCGACAAAAAGAAGUUGUACACCUCCAAGUUGGCCACCCUGUAUAAUAAAGUCUGACAUUAAGUUACCCCUUUGCCCGGCAAAGACGUCAUCUGACGCGCGCAUGCAGCUACAGCCCAGCCAAUAUCAACUCAUAGUAUUCCGACAGCCCACGAUAACGCGCCACAUACAUACGGUAGGCGUGGCGUUCAAAGACGUAAUCUGACGCGCGCAUGCAGCUACAGCCCAGCAAAUAUCGACGCAUAGUAUUCCGACAGCCCACGAUGACGCGCCACAUACAUACGGUAGGCGUGGGCGUGGCGUUCAAAGACGUCAUCUGACGCGCGCAUGCAGCUACAGCCCAGCCAAUAUCAACGCAUAGUAUUCCGACAGCCCACGAUGACGCGCCACAUACAUACGGUAGGCGUGGGCGUGGCGUUCAAAGACGUCAUCUGACGCGCGCUUGCAGCUACAGCCCAGCCAAUAUCAACGCAUAGUAUUCCGACAGACCCGAUGACGCGCAACAUACUCGUACAUACGGUAGGCGUGGGCGUGGCGUUCAAAGACGUCAUCUGACGCGCGCAUGCAGCUACAGCCCAGCCAAUAUCAACGCAUAGUAUUCCGACAGCCCACGAUGUCGCGCCACAUACAUACGGUAGGCGUGGGCGUGGGGCGUGGUGUUCAAAGGGUCAAGCAAGAUUGUCUGACUUUCGGGGAGAAAUUAUUACUUAUCUUAUUAGUGCAGAACAAUCCAGGUGAAUUGUAAAUCUCUAGAACGGUAGAAAAAUGCGUGGUGUGUGGUUGCGGACAGCCGAGCGUGACACACGUUACGUACCUUACCUACUGAAUUAGCUAUAUUUAUAAAUUAGUUUAGCCCUAAUAAAUUUAUUUAUAAUGCGUUAUUUUAAAUUAUAAACUUUCUUUCAUAAUAAAAUAAAUAAAUAAACCUAUU